GCAGUGUCGGAGGUUGGCGCGGGCCCCCGCCCUCCGCGCCCCCCACGGGAAGGAAGCACCCCCCGAACUAAAAAGAGCGGAGCGGAAAGAAGCCCUCAUUCGGCGGCCAGGAGGCGAGCCGAUGCCGAGCUGCACCGCGUCCACCAUGCCGGGGAUGAUCUGCAAGAACCCGGACCUCGAGUUUGACUCUCUGCAGCCCUGCUUCUACCCGGACGAAGAUGACUUCUACUUCGGCGGCCCCGACUCGACCCCCCCGGGGGAGGACAUCUGGAAGAAGUUUGAGCUGUUGCCCACGCCCCCGCUGUCGCCCAGCCGUGCCUUCCCGGAGCACAGCCCGGAGCCCCCGAACUGGGCCACCGAGAUGCUGCUGCCCGAGGCCGACCUGUGGGGCAACCCGGCCGAGGAGGACGCGUUCGGCCUCGGGGGCCUGGGCGGCCUCACGCCCAACCCGGUCAUCCUCCAGGACUGCAUGUGGAGCGGCUUCUCGGCCCGCGAGAAGCUGGAGCGCGCGGUGAGCGAGAAGCUGCAGCACGGCCGGCCGCCCGCCGCGGGGCCCGCGGUCCCGGCCCCGGGCGCGGGCGCCACCAGCCCCGCGGGCCGCGGGCACAGCGCAGUGGCUGCGGGGCCGGGCCGCGCCGGGGCCGCCCUGCCCGCCGAGCUCGCCCACCCGGCCGCCGAGUGCGUGGAUCCCGCCGUGGUCUUCCCGUUCCCGGUGAACAAGCGCGAGCCCGCGGCGGCGCCCGCCGCCCCGGCCGGUGCCCCAGCGGCGGGGGCCGCGGUCGCCUCGGGGGCGAGCGCCGCAGUCCCAGCGGGCGCCCCAGUAGCCGCUCUUCCGCGCACCGGCGGCCGCCUGGCCAGCGGCGGUGACCACAAGGCCCUCAGCACCUCCGGAGAGGACACCCUGAGCGACUCAGAUGAUGAAGAUGACGAGGAGGAAGACGAAGAGGAGGAAAUCGACGUAGUGACUGUGGAGAAGCGGCGGUCCUCCUCCAACAGCAAGGCCGUCACCACCUUCACCAUCACCGUGCGUCCCAAGAGCACGGCCCUGGGACCUGGGAGGGCCCCGUCGGGUGAGCUGAUCCUCAAGCGCUGCGUCCCCAUCCACCAGCAGCACAACUACGCCGCCCCGUCUCCCUUCGUGGAGAGCGAGGACGCGCCGCCCCAGAAGAAGAUAAAGAGCGAAGCAUCCCCGCGUCCCCUCAAGAGCGUCAUCCCCCCAAAGGCCAAGAGCUUGAGCCCGCGCAACUCUGACUCAGAGGACAGCGAACGCCGUCGAAACCACAACAUCCUGGAGCGCCAGCGCCGCAACGACCUGCGGUCCAGCUUCCUCACGCUCAGGGACCACGUGCCAGAGCUGGUGAAGAACGAGAAGGCCGCCAAGGUGGUCAUCUUGAAAAAGGCCACCGAGUACGUCCACUCCCUCCAGGCCGAGGAGCACCAGCUUUUGCUGGAGAAGGAGAAGCUGCAGGCAAGACAGCAGCAGUUGCUAAAGAAAAUUGAACACGCUCGGACUUGCUAAACGUGUCUCCGAACAGGACAGUCACUGCCACUUUGCACAUUUUGAUUUUUGUUUUGUUUUGUUUUGUUUUGUUUUUUUAAACAAACCUUGUGUUGACAUUAAGAAUGUUGGUUUACUUUCAAAUCGGUCCCCCGUCGAGUUUGGAUCUGGGUGGGGAGCAGGACGUGAGGGGUUCUGCCAGGACCUCGGGAGAGGGCCUACAGGAUGGGAUGCAGGUGGCCCUGGCGGUUUUCCUCCGUGUCACCCUCUGAGGCGGCGGUCGAAGUCCGUGACCGUUGGGAGCCUUCUGGGGCUGUUGAAGUCACCUUGUUUGUUACAAGUUUCCAGACGACAGAAAGUCAUUCCUUCUUUUUAAAAUGGUGCUUAAGUUCCAGCCGAUGCCACAUGGGGGUUUGCCAUUGAUACCCCUGGGGAACAUUUCUGUAAAUACCAUGGACACACCUGCCUUUUGUAUACGUCCUGGGUAAUGAGAGGUGGCUUUUGCGGCCAGUAUUAGACUGGAAGUUCAUACCUAAGUACUGUAAUACCUCAAUGUUUGAGGGGCAUGUUUUGUAUACAAAUAUAUUGUUAAUCUCUGUUAUGUACUGUACUAAUCCUUACACUGCCUGUAUACUUUAGUAUGAUGCUGAUACAUAACUAAAUUUGAUACUUAUAUUUUCGUAUGAAAAUGAGUUGUGAAAGUUUUGAGUAGAUAUUACUUUAUCACUUUUUGAACUAAGAAACUUUUGUAAAGAAAUUUACUAUAUAUAUAUGCCUUUUUCCUAGCCUGUUUCUUCCUGUUAAUGUAUUUGUUCAUGUUUGGUGCAUAGAACUGGGUAAAUGCAAAGUUCUGUGUUUAAUUUCUUCAAAAUGUAUAUAUUUAGUGCUGCAUCUUAUAGCACU